AAAAUUAAAAGAAAUACGAUUGUGUUGAGUGAAAACAGCAAUGGCUACUGCCAGAGGUUUGCCCGUUUGCUGGUCUCGUCUGAAAAUUGUAAAUUUUCGGCAAUAUCCACGAAAUUUCAGCACAAAUCAGCACACAAAUCGAAAGUUAAAUAGUGCACAAAAUUAUUGGUGGUAUUUAUUCGGCGGAAGUGUUUGUGCCGGAGCUUAUUUGAAAUGGCAACAAUCGUUCACGGUGUCUGCAUUCAAUCCGAAAAAGUUAAAAGAUGAAGAGAAGGGAGUGAAAUUAACAUCACGUGAACGACGGUUCAUAAAAUUUGCCUCUGUUGAGUUCGAUGGGCAAUUGUAUAUGACGCCACAAGACUUUUUAGACUCCGUUGUAGAACAAGAAGCUAGACCACGAUUAAAGAGACGUACACUCACAUUGGAUGAUGUGAAUAGAAUUAAAGACGUAACGCCAACGCUCAAAAAGGGAUCUUCGUCAAUGUUUCGCAAUUUACGAGACAAAGGCAUAAUAUCAUACACUGAAUAUCUUUUUUUGCUUUCGAUUUUGACCAAACCAAAAUCGGGGUUCAAGAUAGCAUUUAAUAUGUUUGACACGGAUGGCAAUCAACGCGUCGAUAAAACUGAAUUUCUAGUCAUUCGAAGAUUAAUUGGCGGGCAAUAUCGCAAACAGGAGAUGGACCAAAAAACACGACGAAUUGUUAUGUCGCUCUUACCUCCAGAAGAGGCGACAGCAUUACUCGAACUUCGUUCGCAUGAAAAAGAUAAUGGUGAAAGUAAAAAUCGUUUUAUGGAAAACAUCUUCAUUGGUGCUUGGAAAGAUAAAAGAGGAAUUUCGGUGGAUGAUGAUACGUAUGUCGAAGACGAAGAAGGCUUACAACGACGCCACAAGGUUGAUACAACCUUACAGGUACACUUUUUUGGAAAGAAGGGCAAUCAAGACUUACACUACGAAGGAUUUUACCAAUUUAUGGAUAACUUACAAACCGAGGUGCUCGAGCUCGAAUUCUAUGAAUUUUCGAAGGGAAACAUCGCUAUCACCGAAGUUGAUUUUGCAAAAAUUCUACUUCGAUACACGUAUUUGGACACUGACGAAUAUGAUAUGUACUUAGAUCGGUUAUUGGACCGUGUCAAGCAUGAAAAAGGCGUAUCUUUCAAGGAAUUUAAAGACUUUUGUCAGUUUUUGAACAAUCUAGAGGAUUUUUCAAUUGCAAUGCGGAUGUAUACUCUCAGCGAUCAAGCAAUCUCAAAAGGAGAAUUUGCUCGAGCAGUUAAAAUAUGUACCGGACUAACAUUGUCUGAGCAUUUAGUUGACACAGUGUUUGCAAUAUUUGACGAAGACGGUGACGGAAUGUUAUCUUACAAAGAAUUUAUUGCAAUUAUGAAAGAUCGUUUGCAUCGUGGUUUUAAAUCUGUCGCUAAGUCCGAAGGAUGGGAAGCAUUUAAGCAUUGUCUCAAGCAAGAAAUGAAAACAAAAUUUUAAACAAAUUGAUGCACAGUUUAUUUUGCAAAACUUCUUCUCAAUUUUACAAGUUUUUGUACACUUAAAUCAAUGAACGUUGAAUUCAAAGCAAAUGUCACCCGUUUAACAAAAGAACGGACAUUAUGAAUUUAAAAUUCAUGUAGCCUUCAUUUUAUAUUACACUCACAAAAAUGUUUGCCAUUUUUAGAAACAAUCACCUUUCAGAACAACUAGCAGAAUUUGUACAUUUUUCUAUUGUUUUACGCUCUGAUCAACUUUUCACCUCUAUAAAUAAAUCUAUGAUGAAUUUUAUUAAGUUGACAAUUUUUUCUAACCAAACAUUUAUUAUAAUCUGAAAAUACUUAAUGCUAUUUAUUGUGUAUCAUAUAAUUCUAUUUAUUCAGUCUGAAAAUUUACCGAAUUUACUCGGUCUCAAAUGAAAUGUUUGCCUUUAGAAACAGAAAGAAUUUUUAGCUAACUGCUUUUUAACUAUCUAUUAUUAAUUAUCAAAAAAUCAUAGAAAUGUGAAUAAAAUUGGUCUAAUUGAAAGAAAUCUGUUUUUCGGAAUUACCACACCAUUUAUAAAUUUAUCGAAAGAGACUUUGUACUCGGAAUACCAUGCAGAAUACGUAUUAGGCUCCGGCUAUCCUGCUAGAAAUAUCAGUGCCACCUGAAAUCAUACCGAACCCACAGCCUGGUUUAAACAAAGAUACAAUUGUAUCUAGGAUCUUAUUUCAUUAUAUUGUAUAAAAAAGCAACAAACAGUUUUUGGUUGUUAAUUGUUAAAUCUUACAUAGCUUGGUACAUAGACUCGAAAUGCCAUAUGAAAUAUAAGUUUUAUUAGAGGAA